AAAUGUCUAAUUAUAGCGCCCACAAUUAUUCCUAGGGUUCCGGUUUCGAAAUACUGAAGGGGGAAAUUUUGCGGAGAAAAACAAUUAACUUCAAUGGUGUGCGAGAAGUGCCAGAAGAAGCUAUCGAAGGUGAUCGUGCCCGAUAAGUGGAAGGAAGGCGCCAGCAACACCAACGAAAGCGGUGGCCGGAAAAUAAACGAAAAUAAACUCCUAUCCAAAAAAAACAGAUGGACUCCUUAUGGAAACACCAAGUGUAUCAUUUGCAAGCAGCAAGUACAUCAAGAUGCCAAGUACUGUCACACUUGUGCUUAUUCGAAAGGUGUAUGUGCAAUGUGCGGUAAGCAAGUGCUCGACACGAAGCUUUACAAGCAGAGCAACGUAUAAAUCAAAGGGAAUAUAAGGUCUUCAAGUAAAUUUCAUAACUACUAUUUGUCAUCGUUAACUCACCAACUUGAUCAAAGAGGUUGUAUAAUCAAAAUGUUAAUGUUUGCUCUGCAUAUUUUUUUUUCCCUGAUCACCUAGCUAAUCCUUCAGUUGGAUUCUCUAUGAUACCAUUUCAUUGCAUGAUUGUACAAUUGGUAAAUUAUACUUUCAUUGAAUGGUUAUUUCAAGUCA